AUCUGGAGUCAUCUUGCUUUUCUCUUUCUACUUCUUCUUCCUUUUUCCCCGCCUCUGAAUUCAUGGGUUUAUCGUUCAGUGGCCAUAUGGGUGGAUUUCCCUUGCAUGUCUUUACUUUGAUGCACCAUUCUCUUGACUAUUUUAUUCUGGGGUUUAGGGUUUGUUCAAAAGCUGACACUAUUGCAUCAAGUUCCACUGGUUUUAAGCUUUAAUUAUUUGAAUGUUCGGUUUCAUAUUCUUCUGCCUAAACACACAAGAGAGACAAGCCCUACUCUUUUUCUCUGUAAUCGUUCCAAGAUGAAAGAAUCUCUCGACGUAUUAACUCCCCAACUAUAUAUGCAUCGAUCUUUUUCUACCAGAGAAAGUUUUGAGUCUUUUGAUUAGGUCUUGAAACAAAGCACUGCUAUGGUGCUACCUGCCUACCUGUCCUUUUACUUUUUUGACUCAUCUGCUCAUGUGAUUACUUCUGAUACAAUAGGCAGAGAAAAAAAGGUGCGUUGUUUGGUUAUUAAUAUUUAUUCCUUUCAAGUUUUAAUUAAUCCUUUAUAGUAUUAAUUUCUCCUUUCUCCACAAGAUAAAGAAGUACAUGCCUGAUUGAAUCUUAGUUACUUUUCUCCUACAGCUGUAAAUACUCAUCAUGUGAAAAUAGCUCUCCCAGAACAUUUUUCUUCUCUAUCAUCAAUAAUUUAUCAACUUUGUAUAAUUGUAUUAGCAGUAUUGGAGUUGCCAGUAUGAGCAGGCACAAAUGGCUAAACAACUAGACAAACUCUCGCCUUACUCAUAGGAUAUAUAUAUAUAUAUAUAUAUUAUUUGUGGGAGCUGUUAGGACUGAGAAACCAUGGAAGGAAUGCCUAAUCAAAACUCAAUGGCAAAGCCAGUAAUGAUAGAGAAGAAGGCAAGGCCACAAGAACAAUUGAACUGUCCAAGGUGCAGUUCAACCAACACCAAGUUCUGCUAUUACAACAACUAUAGCCUCACACAGCCCAGAUACUUCUGCAAGACUUGUAGAAGGUACUGGACAGAAGGUGGGUCCCUCAGAAACAUCCCUGUUGGAGGAGGUUCUAGAAAGAACAAGAACAAGGUCAUCACAUCCUCUUCCUCUUCUUCAUCAACCUCAUCAUCAUCCAAGGUUCCUGAUCUAAAUCCACCAUUGCCAAGCCUCUCAGGGUUGAAGGAUCCAAGUUUGAAUCUCUCCCGAAGCCCGAUGAUGAACCAAAGCUUCCCAACUAACUGUACUAUUUCCGCCCAGCAAAGUCCUAAGAUCCAUGGAGGCCAGGAUCUUAAUCUGGCUUUUCCCACUUCUUCUCUUUCAGCUCCUAGGGUUUUGAAUAAUAAUAUUCCUUAUGUUCCCUCAUUCAUGAUGCCAAAUAGCUCACCGUAUAGUAACAUUAAUUACCCGUCUGGAUUAAUUCCCAUGCAAGAAGAAGCUAAACCCAGCCAGCUGGGAUUUUCAGUGGAUGGGCUUGGAAACAGAUCGUACGGAGUACAAGAGAAUGACCAUGAUGGCGGGAGGCUUUUGCUUCCUUUUGGAGGAGUCAAGCAGAUUCCAGGUGGUGAUGAAGUGGAACAAAAUAAUAAAGGACAAGGGAAUUCAAGUGGGUUUUGGACUGGAAUGAUUGGUGAAGGAUCAUGGUAAGAAAAUGAAGAAACCUAUAUACAGUUUUCUUUUCUCUAUCUUCCAUGCAUUGUUGUGAAAAGAUUAAGUAAGAACAUCUUAGAUGUUUGCUUUCAGAUUCUUCAAUAAAAAUAUAUAUAAGACGCAGGGGAUUUUAAUUUUUUUAUGAAAACCUCAAUCACGUUUCGUGUUCUUGAGUUGUUAAACAUACUUAAUUGUCAUGCUUUUAUUGAAGAAACUGAUGACAAACAUCUAAAAAGGUUGUAAUUAAGUGUUGUUCGACUGUCUUCUGUAUGAAAGUCUGAACUGACAAAAGCAUAUAUACUUAUCAGUUGCUAUGGUUUGAAAAUCUUCUCUUCGACUUGGUUGUUAAAUAGGAGAAAGAAGUGAAUACAAGCCUGCUCUCGUGUGAGGCGCGCUCGCGCGCACACAGAUAUA